UUGGUACAAUUAAUGAAAUUCAAAAGUUACACAUUCGAACGGUACAAAUUGGAACAGGAAGCUUCUCAAUAGUUUGGUGUUAUAACGGUGCGAAUGGAUCUUCAGGACUCGAGUGGUCUGACUCCUUCGAGACAGAGCGCGUCAGCUCAGACAACAAAUGUAACUUACUCGAGCAACAUGGCACUGCUUAAGCCAGGAGCCAGUAGUGCCGAGUUUGGUCAAGAAGUUGAAAUUCACAAUCUACUUAUCAUCGAUCAGAAUACGUUCGAGUUGCUACAUGCACAUCAAUUCAUGCAAACGGAGUAUACUAUGUCAAUGAUUUCGGCGAAGUUGGGUAACGACUCGAAUACUUAUUGCAUCGUCGGCACAGCACUGGUACAUCAAGCGGAACCGGAACCCAAAGUAGGAAGGAUUAUCAUCUAUCACUACGCGGAUGGAGCCCUCACUCAAGUUAGCGAGAAGGGAAUCAAGGGAGCGUGCUAUUCUCUCAUUGAGUUUAACCGUCGUGUAUUAGCUAGCAUCAAUUCAACUGUACGAUUGUAUGAGUGGACUGAUGAUAAGAAUUUGCGACUUGAAUGUAAUAAACAUUGA